AUGGAUAUUUUUGGCACAACGAAUAGGCGCCCCAAAGUUUAUGUUAAUUUAUGUCAAGGAAAGAGGAUGGUAGAUACGCCAAAACCUUAUCGAUCCAUCUCGCACCGCGCUGGCAACAAUUGCCACGCGACUCCUUCCGGUGUAUCUUCAAAAGGAAUGGAUAAGGCAGAAGUUUUUGGCAUCGAUAGUGAUGUCAAGCUCGGAAGAGAAAUCAUACGAGAUGGUAAAGGCGCUUAA